AUGGCGCGAUAUCUAACUAAAGUAAGGGACACCUUACAACGAUUCACCGAAUGGACGAUCGAAAAAAUCAGAAGAACUAAAAAUGGGCGCACCGACGCCUUGGCAGGCAUAGCUACCUCCCUCCCCAUCAAAGAAGCCAUAUUGUUGCCUAUACAUGUGCAAACCAACCCUUCCGUCGCGGAAGCUUCCACUUGCAACACCAUUGAGGCAAAACAAGCAGACGGCCAAGAGUGGACGAACGACAUUAUAGGGUACCUCCGGACAGGCACUCUGCCCGAGGAUACCAAGCAGACACACAAAAUCCGGGUGCAAGCCGCCCGUUUCACCCUGAUUGGAGGGCACUUGUACAAACGAUCCUUCACAGGUCCCUACCUUCUGUGCCUAAACCAUUCAGAGGCCCUGUAUGUAUUAGCUGAAUUGCACGAGGGGGUAUGUGGAAAUCAUUCUAGAGGACGAUCUCUGGCGUAUAGGGCCCAUUCGCAAGGAUAUUACUGGCCCACGAUGAAGAAGGAUGCGGCAGCCUAUGUCAAAAAAUGCGACAAAUGUCAAAGGCAUGCUCCCGUACCACAUGUGCCAUCGGAGACAUUAAAACCAAUUUCAGGCCCUUGGCCCUUUGCGCAGUAG